AUGUACCGGUGUAGUGAACUCACGCCAACAUUCUUCUCUUCUUCUGAGCAGAAGAAGGGAUUCUACAAAGACCUGCUCCUUUCCUACAAGACUCUGGGCGUCGUAUUCGGUGGCCUUGUCACCUCCCCCCUCUACGUCUACCCUUCCAUGAACCUGACAAACCCAACCGAAGAGGACUACCUGGGAAUCUACAGCAUCAUGUUCUGGACCCUGACACUGAUCGGCGUCGUCAAGUACAUCUGCAUCGCCCUUAACGCCGACGACCACGGCGAAGGCGGCACAUUUGCCAUGUACUCCCUGCUGUGCCAGCACGCCAACAUCGGCAUCCUCCCGUCCAAGAGGAUAUACACCGAGGAGGAGCAGGGCCUGCAGGUCCCGGCUCGACCCGUCGUGGCCGGGAGGCCCAGCAAGCUGAGAAGGUUCAUCGAGCGGAGCAUUACGGCGCGAAGGUUGCUGCUGCUCACGGCGAUCCUGGGCAUGUGCAUGCUCAUUGGAGACGGCAUCCUCACGCCGGCCAUCUCAGUCCUGUCAGCUAUUGACGGACUAAGAGGGCCUUUCCCGUCUGUCAGCGAUCGUACCGACUGUCGAGGCUCUGUCCGCGGGGAUCCUGAUCGGUCUGUUCCUGCUGCAAAAGUACGGCACGUCCAAGGUGAGCUUCAUGUUCUCGCCGAUCAUGGCGGCGUGGACGUUCACCACCCUGAUCAUCGGCGUCUACAGCAUCUUGCGCUACUACCCGGGCAUCUUCAAGGCCAUGUCGCCGCACUACAUCGUCCACUUCUUCGUGACCAACCAGAAGCGGGGCUGGCAGCUGCUCGGCGGCACACCGUGCUGUGCAUCACGGGCGCCGAGGCCAUGUUCGCCGACCUCGGGCACUUCAGCAAGCGGUCCAUCCAGAUCGCGUUCCUGUCCAGCAUCUACCCGUCGCUGGUGCUCACGUACGCCGGGCAGACGGCGUACCUGAUCAACCACGUGGACGACUUCGGCGACGGGUUCUACAAGUUCGUGUACUGGCCCAUGUUCGUCAUCGCGACGCUGGCGGCGAUCGAGUCGGUGGCGCUGGACUACUUCCCGCUCGUCCGGGUGGUGCACACCUCCGGGGACAAGGAAGGGGAGGUUUACUCCCCGGAGACCAACUACCUGCUGAUGCUGCUGUGCGUGGGCGCCAUCGUCGGCUUCGGCGACGGCAAGGACAUCGGCAACGCGUUCGGCGUGGUGGUCAUCCUCGUCAUGCUCAUCACCACCAUCCUGCUCACGCUGGUGAUGCUCAUCAUCUGGGGCACGCACGUGCUGCUGGUGGCGCUCUACUUCGUGCCCUUCCUCAUCCUGGAGGGCACCUACGUGAGCGCGGUGUGCACCAAGAUCAUGAAGGACGGCUGGCUGCCCUUCGCCAUCUCGCUCGUGCUGGCGCUCGUCAUGUUCACCUGGUACUACGGCCGGCAGCGCAAGGCGGAGUACGAGAUGGCCAACAAGGUGACCCUGGAGCGGCUGGGCGAGCUGCUGGCCGUGCCCGACGUGCGCCGCGUCCGGGGGCUCUGCUUCUUCUACAGCAACAUGCAGGAGUGGCGGUGGCUCACCCCGGUGCUGGCGCACUACAUCAGAAACAUGCGGUCGCUGCACAGGGUCACCGUCUUCGUGACGCUCCGCUACCUGCUGGUGGCCAAGGUGGACGCCAAGAGCCGCAUCGCGGUCCGGCGGUUCGGUCCCCGCGGGGUGUACGGCUGCACGAUCCACUACGGGUACGCCGACCCGCUGGACGAGGAGGGGGACGACCUCGCGGGGCAGGUGGUGCGGGCGGUGCGCGAGCACAUCGAGCGGGAGACGGCGUCCUCCGCGGCGGAGGUCGAGGAGGAGGCGCGCGCGGCCGGGGUGGUGCACGUCAGGGGCAAGACGAGGUUCCACGUGGGCAGGGACACGGGCUUCUUCGACCGCGUGCUGCUCGGCUUCUACGAGUUCCUGCACACCACCUGCCGCUCCGCGCUGCCGGCGCUCGGCAUCCCGCUGCAGCAGCGCGUCGAGAUCGGCAUGCUCUACAAGGCCUGA